AUGCCUCCUUCGGCUAUACUCAUGGAGGAAUAUGGCCAGCCGGAAUCGCCAACGACCAAGGCCGAGUUGCAGGAUGGAAAACCGCCAAAGCCUAGUAGCGCUUCAACCAAAGCCGAAGAAUCCUCCGAAUUCGAUCAAGCAGCGCCCCAUACCACGAAGCGAGGCCUUUCAUCUCGUCAUGCCCAGUUCAUUGCCCUGGGUGGCGCCAUUGGUACCGGCCUGUUCGUCAGCUCUGGCAAGACACUCGCAACGGGUGGUCCAGCCUUCCUCGUUGGUAGCUAUGCGUUAUUGGCAGCCCUGGUUUACUGUGUUCUGACGGGUCUUACGGAGAUUUCGACAUACCUCCCGUUGCCUGGAGGAACAGUGAACUACUAUGGCCGACGCUACGUUUCGCCUAGCUUGGGCUUCAUGAUGGGAUGGCUUUAUUUCUACUCAUUCGCCAUCUUUGUCCCGUUUGAGCUCACAGCCUCAGCACUGGUCAUCAAUUACUGGGGACCCAAUGUCAACAAUGCUGUCUGGAUUACCAUUAUGCUAGUAUUAGUCGUUCUCCUGAAUCUUCUUCCGGUCAAGUUCUACGGUGAAACAGAGUUCUGGUUCGCCAGUCUUAAAGUGAUCACCAUCAUCGGCCUUAUGAUCUUAUCUUUUGUACUAUUUUGGGGCGGUGGCCCCAACCAUCAGCGUCUGGGAUUUUGGUACUGGCAAAAUCCAGGUGCUGUGAAGACCUAUAUAGUUGGAGGCGACGCGGGAAGAUUCGUGGCCGGCUUGGCCACACUCAUCAGCUCAGUCUUGCCCUUCACUUUCACCCCGGAGAUGGUCGUUGUCACAGCCGGAGAGAUGGUGAACCCCCGACGAAAUAUCCCAAGAGUAGCCAGAAACUUCUUUUGGCGUCUCAUAGUAUUCUACAUCGGCGGGAUGAUUGCCAUCUCCGUUAUUUGCCCAUCCGAUGCGUCUGCUCUUACCACCGGCGGCAAGGGGGCAGGAUCCUCACCAUGGGUCUAUGGCAUCCGCAACGCAGGGAUUCAUGGCCUUGAUAGUGUCAUCAACGCUGUUAUCAUCACGGCCGCUUGGUCCUCUGGUAAUUCAUUUCUUUACCUUGCGAGCAGAUCUCUGUAUUCGAUGGCCUUGGAGGGAGAUGCGCCUGCUAUUUUUGGCAGAUGCACCAAAUCUGGCGUCCCUGUUUACGCAGUGGGUGCAAGCUCGCUGUUUACCUUGCUGGCGUAUAUGAACGUCAACUCUUCCGCGGCUGAUGUCUUCAAUUGGCUCUUAAACCUUGUAAACACGGGCGGAUUCAUAUCCUGGAUCUGUUGCUCCAUCAUUUACAUUCGGUUCCGGAAGGCUUGUGAUCUACAGGGGAUGCCAGAACACAGAUUCAAAAAUUCUCGAUCUGUCUUGCAGCCGUACGCCUCUUGGUUCACCCUCUUCAUGUUCUCGCUACUGUGUCUCCUCAACGGCUUCACUGUCUUCUUCCCAUCACAAUGGUCGGUGGCGGAUUUCAUGUCAGCCUAUAUUGGGUUACCGCUAUUUGUGGUGAUCUAUUUCGUACAUCGGGGUUUCCACAUGGCAGACCCCUGGGUGAUUCCUGGCGAGUUGGUAGAUUUGCAAACUGGACUGGCAGAAAUGGAUGCUGAAGAGGAGGCUUUUGAGAAAAUUCCGCGAGUAGGGUGGAUCAAGCGGCUCAGAAAUCUUGUACGUCGUCAGUAG